AGCUAAGUUUGAUGAUGUAGUGAUGGACCGUUACCUGGUCGGUUCAACGGCAUUCUGGGAGCUUCGUCUCCUUGGCACGUUGUAUGGACGCGAUGAACCCACCAAUCGUCUCUCUCUGUAUAAACUUCCCUCACUUCCCGCUGUUUUUACACAAAUUGCCACUCUCUCUCUCUCAUCCAUGGCCUCUCUGCAAACUCACCAGAGCCAUCUCCAAUUCUGUCGGUGUCUCCUCUCUUCUAGGAAGCCUAGUCCGCACUCUCGGACCGUCUGUUUCUUUCCACUUUCCAGGAAAUUGAUAUUUCCCGGGAAAAUCGGGGUCUCGGGUUCGAGUGUUGGCGGCAGGAAUGGAGUGUGCUCUACCUGCUGCCCAUGCAAAACGAACUCGGAGGUUGAGAAUGUUUCGAUUCAGGUUCAGGAGGAGUACAGGACGGAUAGGCCUCCGUUCGACGUCAAUCUCGCGGUCAUUCUGGCGGGUUUCGCUUUUGAAGCCUAUACAACUCCACCGGAUAACAGACGAAAGUGUGAGGUGGAUGCAGCAAAUUGCAAGACAGUGUUUCUUUCAGAGUCAUUUUUGCGUGAGAUCUAUGAUGGCCAGUUAUUCAUAAAAUUAAAGAAAGGCCUUAACUUGCCUGCCAUGGAUCCAUGGGGAACAAGUGACCCAUAUGUGGUCUUGCAACUGGAUAGUCAGGUCAUCAAAAGCAAAGUUAAAUGGGGGACAAAGGAACCAACAUGGAAUGAAGAGUUCACUUUAAAUACGAAGCAGCCUCCAAGUACCAAUCUCCAGGUUGCAGCUUGGGAUGCAAAUCUUGUCACUCCACAUAAGCGCAUGGGAAAUGGUAGCAUUAGUUUGGAGGAUCUAUGUGAUGGAACAUUGCAUGAGGUGCUGGUUGAAUUGGAAGGGAUGGGAGGUGGUGGAAUGAUAGAGCUAGAGGUUAGAUAUAAGAGCUUUGAUAGAAUUGAGGAAGAGAAAAAGUGGUGGAUAAUCCCCAUUGUUACAGAAUUUCUUCGGAGAAAUGGUUUUGAUUCUGCCUUGGAAAAAGUUAUUGGCUCAGAGACUGUGCAAGCACGCCAGUUUGUGCAGUAUGCUUUUGGCCAGAUAAAGUCAAUAAAUGAUGCUUACCUUCAUCAGGAUUGGUUGUCAAAACUUGGUAGACCUGAGACUGAAUAUGAGAAAUCUAGCAACCCUGUUGUUGAAUCAGAUAUGCCAUCACAGUUGGAUAAUCCAGAAAGCUCUACAGAUGAAACAAGCUUUGAGGAAGACAGCAAUCUACUUGAGCGUAGAAAUGAUAAUGUUGGUGCUGCUAAUGAAGAAACCUCUUUGUCAGUGGCACAAUUUGGUGAUGGCUCACAGUCAGAUAAACACUUCUGGAAAAAUUUUGCUGAUCUUAUCAAUCAAAAUGUUGUUCAGAGACUUGGUCUCCCCCCUCCUGAGAAAAUAAAAUGGGAUGGAUUUGACUUGUUAAACAAAAUUGGCUUACAGUCACGGAUGAUUGCAGAGGCUGGGUAUAUUGAAUCUGGCCUUGCAACUCCUGAAAGUCAGAGUGACAUCAAUAAUGAUAAAACAACCGGACAGGUAACUGUUAGCAAUAUUCAGUCUUCACUCCCAGAUAUUAAGAAGGUUACUCAGGAUUUAUUAAGCCAAACUGAUGCAGUUCUGGGAGCACUAAUGGUUCUAAAUGCCACAGUUUCACAAUUAAAUAAAGAAGCACGCAUUUUUGGAAAAAAUGAACAAAAAGGAGAUGCUUCUCCUGAUAUGGAAGAUGAUGUUUCCCAGUAUUCUGAAAAGAAAAAAUCUCCUGGCUCUUGCGAUAGAUCAAAAUUGAAUGACAGGAAAGCUGAAGAGAUGAGAGCACUCUUUUCAACUGCAGAGAGUGCCAUGGAGGCUUGGGCAAUGCUUGCUACUUCUUUGGGUCAUCCAAGUUUUAUUAAAUCUGAAUUUGAGAAAAUAUGUUUCUUAGAUAAUCCAUCCACAGAUACACAGGUUGCAAUUUGGCGUGAUUCAGCACGGAAAAGAUUAGUCGUUGCAUUCAGGGGAACAGAACAAGCCAGAUGGAAGGAUUUACGAACUGAUUUAAUGCUAGUUCCUGCAGGGAUGAAUCCUGAGAGGAUAGGUGGUGAUUUCAAGCAAGAAGUUCAGGUUCAUCGUGGUUUUUUAAGUGCAUAUGAUUCUGUUAGGAUGAGGAUCCUCUCUCUCAUUAAACUGGCAGUUGGGUACACGGAUAAUAUUGCUGAGCCACAGCACCAUUGGCGUGUUUAUUUGACUGGCCAUAGUUUAGGUGGUGCCUUGGCUACCCUCCUAGCUCUUGAACUUUCAUCAAGCCAGUUAGUGAAGCGUGGGGCAGUUUCAGUGACCAUGUAUAACUUUGGAUCUCCUAGAGUUGGAAACAAGAAAUUUGCAGAAGUCUACAAUGAGAAAGUUAAAGAUAGCUGGAGAGUUGUAAAUCACAGAGACAUCAUACCUACAGUCCCACGCUUGAUGGGUUAUUGCCAUGUAGCUCAACCUGUUUACCUAGCAGCUGGAGAUCUAAAAAAUGCCAUGCAAAACAUGGAGCUUCUUGAAGAUGGCUACCAAGGUGAUGUAAUUGGGGAGUCUACACCUGACGUUCUUGUCAGUGAAUUUAUGAAAGGAGAGAAAGAACUAAUUGAAAAAAUAUUAAAUACUGAGAUAAACAUUUUCCGCUCAAUCAGAGAUGGGAGUGCCCUUAUGCAGCAUAUGGAGGAUUUUUAUUACAUCUCACUGCUAGAGAAUGUGAGAUCCAAUUACCAAAUGGUUGCGAGUUCCCAAACCGGUGAAGAAGGGAGCCUGUCAAUCAUUUAAGAAAUUCAUGUCAUAUGUCAGCACAGUCAAGUUUGUCUUUUCAAAUUUUUCAGGAAGUUCUGAAAUAUUCUUUAAAUGUGACCUUGCAAUUUGGCCAUAAUAGAAGAUAGUUCCUACAAAAUGGUUCCAUUAUUUAGGUUGAUGUCCUAUGCAGUAUUUAGUUCUCACCAUGUUUGAUUGCGUAUAGGUUCAUAUGAUAAAAAGUGUUUCCAUCCCAAUAGCUCUGCAGACUGCAAAAUAUAUCCAGCUUUUGGCUGUAAAAUAAAAUUUGACCUUCUGUAGUUCUUUUUC